AUGAAUGGCACUGACAUGGAGGAAAUACCGUUUCAGAAAGUCAAAACCAGGCGGAAGAGAAGUCACUGUCCACCGGGCGUCCCUUUGACCACCAUCGUGUGCGAGGACGAGUUCGACUGCAAGGAGCUCGAGUCUCUCUUCCAAAACUACAACCUGAAGCUGGAGCAGACGUCCACCCUGAAAGCCCUGGCUGUCCUCAUCUUCAUGUCCUCGACGCUGGCCUUAGUGGAGUUGCUCUCCGGCCCCAGUCUCACCAUCUCCAAGGGGUCCCAUCCAGUCCACUGUGUCAUCUUCGUCUCCUUGUUCAUUGUAACUAACGUCAAGUACCUGCAAGUGACACAGCUCCAGCAGAUUGUGAACCUGACGCUGCUCUUCGGCUUCACUUUCUCUUUCCUCUGCUGUCCCUUCUCCCUGGGCGCGAUGGGGAUGGAGCCCCCGACUUCCCCCGAGCAAGGCAUGUGGCAGCUCAUCUUGGUCACCUUCGUCGCCUACGCGCUCCUACCUGUGCGGACACUGUUGGCUGUUGUGUUUGGAAUAAUGGUCUCCAUCUCUCAUUUAAUUGUGACCGCCACAUCCGUCACAGUGAAAACACAGAAACUAUGGAGAACGUUGGUUGCCAACACAGUGUUGUUCACCAGUGUCAACCUGUCAGGGCUGUUUGUGCGCAUCCUGACAGAACGAGCCCAGAGGAAGGCCUUCCUGCAGGCUCGCAGCUGCAUUGAAGAGCGACUCCGCAUGGAGGACGAGAAUGAGAAACAGGAGCGCCUGUUAAUGAGUCUGUUGCCCAGGAACGUAGCUAUGGAGAUGAAAGAGGAUUUCCUGAAGCCCCCUGAAAGGAUCUUUCACAAAAUCUACAUCCAGCGCCAUGACAAUGUCAGCAUCCUGUUUGCAGACAUAGUAGGUUUCACCAGCCUGGCCUCCCAGUGUACAGCCCAGGAACUGGUUAAACUGCUAAAUGAGCUGUUUGGAAAAUUUGAUGAGCUUGCCACGGAGAACCACUGUCGCAGGAUUAAGAUCCUGGGAGAUUGUUACUACUGUGUGUCUGGACUGACCCAACCCAAAACUGAUCACGCCCACUGCUGUGUAGAGAUGGGUCUGGAUAUGAUUGACACCAUAACGUCAGUAGCAGAGGCCACAGAAGUCAACCUAAACAUGCGUGUGGGCCUACAUACAGGUCGGGUGCUGUGUGGAGUGCUGGGCCUCAGGAAAUGGCAAUAUGAUGUGUGGUCAAAUGAUGUGACCCUGGCCAAUGUGAUGGAAGCUGGAGGACUACCUGGAAAAGUCCACAUCACCAAAUCUACGCUGGAGUGCCUAAAUGGAGACUAUGAGGUGGAGCCUGGAAACGGACACGAAAGGAACACCUUCCUCCAAAAACAUGAAAUUGAAACUUUCUUUAUAGUGCCAUCUCACCGACGGAAGAUAUUCCCAGGAUUGAUUCUUUCGGAUAUAAAGCCCGCCAAAAAGAUGAAGUUCAAAACUGUGUGCUACUUACUAGUGCAGCUUAUGCACUGCAGGAAGAUGUUCAAGGCUGAGAUUCCCUUCUCCAAUGUCAUGAACUGCGAGGACGGUGAUAAGCGGAGGGCCAUGCGGACCGCCCCGCAGAAGCUGAGGAACCGUCCUAACGCUAACCAGGCUAACUUGCUCCAGAGCAGCCCCAGAACACGGGUCAACCGCUACAUCAGCCGGCUGAUCGAGGCCCGCCAGACCGAGUCCGACACAGCUGACCUCAACUUCCUCACACUCAUGUAUAAGUGCUCUGAGCGCGAGCAGAGGUACCACCAGGUUCCUGAUGAGUAUUUCACCAGUGCAGUGGUCCUUUCUCUGAUCCUAGCUGCCUUGUUUGGCCUUGUCUAUCUUCUCAUCAUACCACAGGGCACAGUGGUACUAGUCCUUCUCGUCUUCUGCAUCUGUUUCCUAGUAGCUUGUAUCAUGUACCUGCAUAUCACUAGAUUACAGUGUUUUCCAGGGUGCCUGACCAUUCAGAUUCGCACUGCUCUCUGUAUCCUCAUAGUGCUCUUAAUCUACGCUGUGGCCCAGGCAUGCGUGGUGGGCUGUAUGCCCUGGUUGUGGGAUAGUGCCAAUACCAACAGCUCCAUUGUCAUCAUUGAUGUGGACAGCGGCGUCAACCAAACCAUGGCAGAGCUGCCUUGUGACGGUGCCCACUAUGCCUUUCUGUCUUGCGUGGUUGGCACACUCACCCUGGCACUUUUCCUGCGCAUCUCCUGGCUGCCAAAGAUGGCGCUAAUGCUCAUUCUGGGGGUGCUGUAUGUCACCGUGUUGGAGCUCAGUGGCUUUCGCAAGACUGCAGGUGGGGGGUCCUUCCACAUCCGGGGCUAUGAGCCCAUCCUGUCUCUGUUGCUCUUUGUCAGUGCCCUGGCCCUCCACUCCAGGCAACUUGACCUCAAACUACGCUUGGACUUCCUAUGGGCUGUGCAGGCGGAAGAAGAAAGGGACGGUAUGGAAAAAGUCAAACUGGACAACAGGAGGAUUCUCUUCAAUCUUCUGCCCGUACAUGUGGCUCAACACUUCCUAAUGUCAAACCCCAGGAACAUGGUGAGCCUCGCUAAUAGUAAGGCAGACAUACAGAAAGACAAACAGGAUCUGUACUAUCAGUCCUACGCACAAGUAGGUGUCUUGUUUGCCUCCAUCCCAAACUUCAAUGAUUUCUACAUCGAACUGGAUGGCAACAACAUGGGAGUAGAGUGCCUGAGACUGCUGAAUGAGAUUAUUGCUGACUUCGACGAGCUCAUGGAUAAGGAAUGCUACAAAGAAAUAGAGAAAAUAAAAACCAUUGGCAGUACAUACAUGGCAGCUGUGGGUCUUGUCCCCACCAUUGGCAACAAGGCCAAAAAAUCUGUUUAUGACCAUCUGAGCACAAUAGCGGACUAUGCCAUUGAGAUGUUUGACGUUCUGGAUGAAAUCAACUAUCAGUCAUAUAAUGAGUUUGUCUUGAGAGUGGGGAUCAAUGUGGGUCCAGUGGUUGCAGGGGUGAUCGGGGCACGGCGGCCCCAGUAUGACAUCUGGGGGAACACGGUCAAUGUAGCCAGUCGGAUGGACAGCACUGGAGUACCGGGAAAGAUACAGGUGACUGAAGAGGUUUAUCGUCUACUGAAUACUAACUAUGACCUAGUGUGCCGUGGUAAAGUCAGUGUCAAGGGUAAAGGUGAGAUGCUGACCUACUUCCUGGAAGGGAAGGUUCAGGACCUGGGCACCGUAACCACUUCUUCAGUGAUGCGUUCUGUCAGCCUGGCACGACGGAUCCACUCCUGUGGCAAAACGAGCGUCCCAACCAAUCUGGGUAGUGUCUCCUCAGCUGCCAGUCUGACUGCUCAUGCCAGCAUGGGCAGCAACAUUCAGAUGAACGCUGCCAAUAGCAGCAACAACCAAGCAACAUGUCUGCCCCCUCCAUGCGUGCCCGCAGUGGGUGAGGAGGACGAGGAGGAUAUAGAGUUGACUGAGAUUGAGAUUGGGGCUGUGGCAGCCGCUAAGGAUGAAGCCGUGUAG